AUGUCCAUGAACAGUUCCAAACAGCCAGUGUUCCCUGAAGCUGGACUCCUCGCAAACACCACCUGCCAGAUGCAAAAUCGACUUUCAGUGUUUUUCUCAAUAAUCUUCAUGACAGUGGGAAUCUUAUCUAACAGCCUGGCCAUUGCCAUUCUCAUGAAGGCAUAUCAGAGAUUCAGACAGAAGUCCAAGGCCUCCUUUCUGCUCCUGGCUAGUGGCCUGGUGAUCACAGACUUCUUUGGCCAUCUCAUCAACGGAGGGAUAGCUGUCUUUGUAUAUGCUUCUGAUAAAGACUGGAUCCGCUUUGACCAAUCGAACAUCCUCUGCAGUGUUUUUGGAAUCUCCAUGGUGUUUUCCGGUUUGUGCCCACUUUUGCUAGGCAGUGCGAUGGCCAUUGAGCGGUGUAUUGGAGUCACCAAUCCUAUAUUCCAUUCCACGAAAAUUACAUCUAAGCAUGUGAAAAUGGUACUGGGUGGUGUGUGUGUGUUGGCUGUUUUCGUGGCUUUGUUGCCUAUCCUUGGACACCGAGACUAUCAAAUCCAAGCAUCCAGGACCUGGUGUUUCUACAACACACAGAACAUUGAAGACUGGGAAGACAGGUUUUAUCUCUUGUUCUUUUCAUUUCUGGGCCUCUUAGCUCUUGGUGUUUCGUUCCUGUGCAAUGCCAUCACAGGAGUGACACUCCUAAGGGUGAAGUUUAAAAGCCAGCAGCAUAGACAAGGCAGAUCCUAUCACUUUGAGAUGGUCAUUCAACUCCUGGCCAUAAUGUGUGUCUCCUGUGUCUGCUGGAGUCCCUUUCUGGUAACAAUGGCCAACAUUGCAAUAAACGGAAGUAAUUCCCCAGUGACCUGUGAAACGACACUCUUUGCUCUCCGAAUGGCCACGUGGAAUCAGAUCUUGGAUCCCUGGGUCUACAUUCUGCUCCGGAAGGCUGUCCUUAAGAACUUAUAUAAGCUUGCCAGUCACUGCUGUGGCGUGCACAUCAUCAGUGUGCACAUCUGGGAGCUCAGCUCCAUCAAGAAUUCCUUAAAGGUUGCUGCCAUUUCUGAGUCACCAGCUGCAGAGAAGGAGAGUCAGCAAGCAUCCGUUGAAGUAGGACUGUAG